AUGACCGAAUUGGCCCGAAAGAUUUCGUUGACUCAUGCCAUAUCAUCUAUGCAAAAAUUGUUCCCAGAUGAAUACGGAUUCUACCCAAAAUCAUGGUUUUUACCAGCUCACAUGAAUGAUUUCCAGGUGACAUUUCGAAUAAUAAUUACUUUUUUUCCAAACUCUCAACUAUUUCAGACAUAUUUCCGAAAAACGCAAACAAAUGAGAAAACAGAAAUGUGGUUCAUUGUAAAACCAAAUGAGGGAGCACAGGGAGCUGGAAUUUAUCUCAUCAACAAUCCGAAUCAAAUCCGGGAUGUAGAACAGCAACAACUUGUGCAGGUAACAUCUUCAAUUAGCUGGAUUAUGAGCAUAUUUCAUCCCAGGAAUACGUGGCGGACCCUCUUCUGAUGGGUGACAAGUUGAAAUUUGAUUUCCGAGUGUAUGGAGUCAUUAAGAGCAUCAAUCCGCUGUCAAUUUAUGUCGCUCGAGAGGGUAAAUCCUGCCAUUUAUUUCAAAGGCUUACACAGUUUUUCUUUUUCUGUAGGAAUGGCAAGAUUCUGCACGGACAAGUAUGAGAAGCCGGAUUCGUCAAAUUUCAAAAAUCUUUAUGCUCACCUCACGAAUUAUUCAUUGAACAAGGCGAGUGAAGCCUACGUGCAUAGCAACACGCUACAAGACCAGACCAGAGGUGAGCCGGGGAUUCGUUUUCCAAAAUAAUUUUUCUUGGUAGAUGUAGAAAAAAAGACGCGGGAAAGCGGAAAAUGUGCAGUUGAAUUUCAAUUUCAGGCAGCAAACGUCUUCUUUCAACAGUGUUCCAUCAAUUAGAGGCCAGAGGAGUCAAAACCAAACGAUUGUGGCAUGAUAUCAAGUUGAUACUGGUUAAAACCACGCUCGCAAUGCUACCGGAGAUUAUGCUUCAUUAUGAGCAUCACUUCUAUGAUUCUGCUGGUCCGCAAUGUUUUCAGGUAUCUCGAUUGAAGUGUUUCAGAAUGACAAGAUAUAUCAAUCCAGCGCAUUCCAAUUUUAUGGCCCACUCAUUUUUCUUUCAGAUAAUGGGCUUUGACGUUCUAAUCCGCGAGGAUGGGACUCCCAUACUUCUGGAAGUAAAUGCGGCUCCAUCGCUCUCUGCCGAUCAUAUUAUUCCAAUGCCCGGAAAAACAUUGACAGAAGGUGGCCAGAGGGUUCGGAGUAUUGUUGAUGAGGUUUGAGAAAACAUUAUUUUCAACAAUCAUAUCAGUUUUUAUCAUUUCAGGUCAUAAAACUACCUCUAGUUCGUGACACUCUUUUACUGGUGCUAGGUCUUUUGAAUGAGGAGUACAACAAUUCUUUGUGAGUUUGAGAUUGAAAAGAAUCCCGUUUUCUGGAAAAAAAGUUUCACAUUCAGAAAAGGUGAUACUAAAUCCCUCGAUGACUUUCAAACAAUCAAACAGCGACGGAAACCACACUUGAGCGAGGUCGGCCAGAAAUUUAUAACUUCUCUCGAACCUAGCCAAUAUUUUUAGAUAUUCCCAACAAGGUAUGGUGCUCACAGCGGUCACCUACUAUUUUUGGAUAAGGCCAUGUACAUUUACAUGCAAUUUGUGCAACUACGCAGCAACGUUAAUAUUACUGCGGCCGGAUUGAAGCAAUUUGUUAGGUAUCACUAAGCGCAGGGAUUUGUGAUUACUUGUUGUCAUAAUGUAUGAUGUUUUGAGGAAAUGCAAUCUUCAAGAUAUCAUAACUGUACCUCAAGUGGAUGCAAAAGUGGCAGAAAUUAACUAUUACUUUACUGGAGAUCGGCGGACUACUGGAAAUGGUAUGCUUUUUCGCAGGGCUGGCGCAGACUUAUGACUCGCUUGCAAUAAUCCGCGCGGACUCAAACUUAGCAGUCUAUUGGACUGGAAAUGAAGAAUUUUUGGUCAAACUUUUAGACCGAUCGGAUGUUUUAACGCAUUAUUUCAGGCCUUCCUUUCCACGCCUUCCUUAUGUUUUUGUAUUUUAUCGCCGAUAAAAAGUUCAUAUUGGAAUCCAGCCUGCUAUCAAAAGUUCAACGACUGUUAUCUUUCUGUGACAUGAGCCUCAGACACUAUGGUGUUCGAUCAGCCAGAUUGAGAAGAGCUGAAGUAGAUUCGAACAUUGGGUGAGUUCAGACACUAGCAGCUUUCACAUUUACAAAACAUCUUUCAGUAACGUUGAAAUUUACAUGUUACCAUCGCGGAUGAUCAGAAAUCAGAGAUCAGGAAGGUUCGGCAGAAAGGUGAGCAGGAUUUUCCGUGAAAACAACACGUCUCUUGCUUUUCCAGACAGAAAACGCCGACUCUAACAAUAACACGAAUCAUUUGCCACGGAUUACGGAAAAACCAUAAACAAUUUCUAUGUUUUGUGUUCCUAUGUAAAUUUUUCAGUUCUUAUAUAAAAAAAGUUCUCUACUGUAAACGCAUACCGGGCCAAGUGAACAUUAAGUCACUGUCUCUGUAACUCGUGAAACUAUUGAGGACGCGUUGUCGAAAAUGUUUCCGGUCGGUCUGAAAAUUUUUGUGUGGAUAGUAUCCUUCUCACAAAUUUCACACUCAGAAGUUGAUACCGAACCCAGAACUAUACAUCGCGUGGGCGUAUGUUGAAAGUGCGCUCUAGUGGACUUUAACUUCGGGUCCUCCCUGUUUCACUCUUCUCUCGACCCCCUACCGUGAUGCGGCUUUUUACGUCGUUUAUUUCUGUUUUUAACGUUGAAAUACUGAAAAAAUACACUGAUUAACUCCAUUGCUUCCCAGAUUUCUUCUAAUUUUAAAAGAUGUUAUAUUUUUCUCGCCUGAUUCCACACCACUUUACUUCAUUUCGCAUGAUCAUCUUAGAAAUCAUCGUUCUUACAGAUGUAUCUGGAGAAACUUGGGUGAUGGAAUGGACUGAGAUUCCACCAGGAAUCACCUCCAUUUCAACUGUAUUUUUUCUAAAUUAUCUCUAUCCCACUCAAUACGGAAUUUUCGUAAAAAUUGUAAAAAGUGAGUUCUGAUGUUAGGUAUUUCGUCAACAACAGCAUAGAGCGCCGCCCAAAGUGUUAUUUUUCUGGUGUACUCCCAAAACCGAAUAUUUUGGCCUGAAACACUGUCCGAUCAGUGAAUCAAAAUGUAUCAAGUUAUCUUUUGGGUUGUAGAACCGCUCUUUCAAUAGAAUUAUUGUCGUACUGAUUGUUUUUUCAGAGAAAUGACAUUACUUGUGUCGCUGAUCGAUGUGACGUCUGAACAAGGCGCCAAAAACAUCAUAGAUGGUUAGUUUCAGUCCUUUGAGUUGAAAGUCAACCGCGUUUUAAUUUUCAGAAAGAUUCCGCCCGUCGACUAUCGAUUUUCCGGAGCCGAGCAGAAAUUAA